AGGUGGCCAGGCCACAGCUCCCGACAGGCCCCGCGGCGCCGGGCUACCACUCCCGACGGGCCCCGCGGUACCACAACAACACUCCCGACGAGCCCGGUGGUGCUGGACUAACACAACGGGCCCCGCCGCGCGGGACUAGAAAGAUGCUGGUGGCGGCGGCCGCCGAACGGAACAAGGAACCCAUCCUGCGCGUGCUGCGGCAGUACGUGGACCCGGCCCAGCGCGGCGUCCGCGUGCUCGAGGUGGCCUCGGGCUCUGGCCAGCACACGGCCCACUUUGCGCGGGCCUUUCCCCACGCCGAGUGGCAGCCGUCCGACGUGGACCAGCGCUGCCUGGACAGCCUCCCCCAAAUAGGGUUGCAGAAACGGCUGCACAUGCCACCCCACCCACGGGCUGCCUUCCCGCAGCAUCUUGGCCACCACUCAGGCCCAGGGACUGCCCAACGUGAAGGCCCCGCUGUACCUGGACGUGAGGUGGGAUUGGGAGCAGUGGGGCGGGAUCCUGCCGCAAUCUCUGGACCUGAUACUCUGCAUCAACAUGAGCCACAUCAGCCCCCUGAGCUGCACCGAGGUCUGUGGGAGCGUGGGGGCUCUUCAGAGCAGCAGGACACCUGCUCAAACGCAAGGCGCUCCUCAUCACCUAUGGGCCCUAUGCCAUCAAUGGGAAGAUUUCUCCCCAGAGUAACGUGGACUUUGACCUCACCCUCAGAUGCAGGAACCCAGAGUGGGGGCUGCGGGACACGGCCCUUCUGGAGAACCUGGGCCAGGCCAGGCGGCUGCUCCUGGAGAGGAUGGUGGACAUGCCGGCCAACAACAAGUGCCUAAUUUUCCGGAAAGAGUAAACGCCUUCUCCGCCAUGCCUGUGUCCCUGGGACAAACCCAGAUCACCAGCCCCUGCCAUCCUGCGCCAGACUAUGGGGACUGGCCCUCCCCAGACUGGGGAUUCUUAACCAGUGGCCACAGGGCUGCUAAGAACGUGAGAAUAAAGUGUUUCCUGCUGUCCCA